UUGCAAUCAAAAAAUUUCCUUGCAGCAAAGCAAAAGCUUGUACCAGUUGGCGUGCAGUACAUUGUGAACAAUGUGGUGACUGAGUUACAAAAGGAUCUUUCAAGAAGAUUCUCAUGGGCCGAAACUGGAUUUUUAUGGAGAUGGAUCAACACUCAUCACGACUUUCAAAGACACAAUCUUGUCAAGCUUGUGCAACGAGGUCAACUGGAAAUCAUUGGAGGAGGAUGGGUACAAAAUGAUGAGGCUACGACACAUUACAUUGAUAUUGUCGAUCAAAUGACAUUCGGACUGAGGAAACUGAAUCAAACAUUCGGCAGAUGCGGUAUACCUCGUGUUGCUUGGCAGAUUGAUCCGUUCGGACAUAGCCGAGAGAUGGCCAAUCUUUUUGCGAUGGUCAGAGAUCUUUAAAACGAUAUUCUAACGGGUGCUUUUUACGCGGACAAUUAUGGGCCGCCACCAGGAUUUUGCUACGAUACUUUCUGUGAUGAUGAACCGAUCAUUGAUGAUCAAGUAUAUACUGAAUUGAAUAAUGUUGAUGAACGUGUGAAUGCCUUCCUGGCAUACGUCAAAAAACAGGUUGGACCGUUGUGA